AUGACUUUCAUUUCAAAGGUGUGGUAUCACUCUAAUUGUUCUACACGUGGCCGUGGUUGUUACAAUACACGUUUACUAGAUCAAGGCGGAUGUUGUACAUGGUAUAAUGAGCCUAAUUUGUUGAGUGAAAUUGAAGAACAUUUGGCUGAUGCCUUUGAUGGAAAAGUUGUGUAUGGACAGAAAUUGAAACAAAUGGCACCGAAAUACAAAAGUCAUGUGGAUCUUUUAGCAUCUUCUGUCAAAGAAUUGGAUAGUCUUGAAAAAAGAUCACAGCAAGAUUUUCUGCGUUUACGAUAUGGCGGUGAACUAGCAAUAUGA